AUGGCUCCAGCUCCAAGCACCUUGAGAACGCCAAGUAAGCCAGUUAUUCUGAGAACGCCAAAAAGGCCAGUGCUAAAACGAAAGAGAGAUGAGGCAGUCCCGAUCGUGCCAGUCGUUCUAGAUAUUCCAUUGACUCCCCAGAAAACUCCCGGAAAAAAGGAAGAAGACGUCAAAGUAAAGCUCAAGGAACUUCUCGAAGAUGAAACAUUACGCGAUACCGUCAUCAAGGAGAAAUCAAGCCAUAGGAAAGACUUAGAUUAUGAUAUUUUUGCACUUUCCUACAGAGAAGCCGGAGAAACACGACCAACCUUCUUUGUCUACUGCGAUCACGAGUAUUGCCGGAACGAUCUUAACAAAGCUCUCUACCGGGCAGUUGGAGCGAAAUCGAAAAACAGAAAAUUGGACGCGGGUGCGGUGACUCGACAUGAGAAUACACGACACUUCAACAAGACCAAAGCACUCUACUCGGCUGUUGCAGAAGCUGUCGUUGGAAUCGGCCUUCCUCUCGACGUCUUUGACCAUCCGUUGAUGAAAAAGUCUUGGAAAUUCUCGACGAGAAGUACAAGAACGGCGUCUCGCGGCACAUCAUCGAAAAACAUAUUCGGCGAAAUCACGGAUCGAAUCAAGAAACGAGCACUCCAACUUGCAAACGAAGGCCGAGUGGCCAUCUGCCUGGAUAACUACGAUCAUCAAAGCGCGAAGUACUGCGGCAUCCUCCUCUGCACGUUCGGCACAGAAGGAACAAAAUGCCUUCGAUGGUUCAUCUCUUUUCGACGAGUGCUCGACUGCUCAGAUAAAGGGAUGCGCACUCAUCUUCGCGAUAUCCUUGCAGAAUAUGGACUUAUAUCGGUGCAACUGGGAGUCGUCUUCGCCGCAAGUUAUUUUACAUAUGACAAAGCACCUUUUCUGGCCUUUGCCAUUAUAAUUCUUUUCUUUAUGGCAAAAUAUGCGAUCGAACAGGAAAUUACAUUCAGACAGCAAUCAGCUGAAGACAUCAAAAAACAAUUAAAAGAAAUAGAAGGACGUCAAACUCAUGAGAAAGCUAUUCUUGAAGCAGAAUCAAGAAAACGAGAUCAAGAACUAGCCAAGUUUACAACAGAAGAGGAGACGAAACGCAUUCAAGCUGAGUUGAAAUUUCAAGACACCAACAGAAAACGCGAAUUAGAGCAGCGUCGUUUUGAUCAAGAAGAGGAGACUCGUCGAAUUCAAUUCGAGUUGAAUAAAGAUCUUGAAUAUAAAAAACUUAAAGAAACAACAGCAAGAAUCGAGAUUGAGAAUAAUAAAAUCUGCCAGGAUAAAGAUCGAGAAGCGAAACUCUCUUUGGACAAAAUGCAAGUCAAGGCCGACGUUGCAAAGCAUGAAAACUCUCUCGCAUUGAAGGAAAGACGGGAAGCUCUAGACAGGGAGUCAAAGGAAAAGAUGCACGCUUAUGAAAUGACACUUCAAGAACAAAGAAUCCGAAAUCAACAUGAAAUUGACGAACGAAAAGUUAAGGACGCACGAGCGAUUGAUGACGCAAAAGUUUACAAUGAAUCGAAAGGAUUUUUUAGAAAGUUUUGGUAG